AUGGCGAUCAAAAGGUUCAUCGACGACACUGUUAUCACCCCAGCUUACAUGAAAGAGCCACAAUCACAUCAACAGGACAGCAGCCAAACAAGAACAAAACGGCACCAUUCACACACCUUUCGUAACGUAAAAGAGCUUAAAAAGGCCGGGAUAUGGUUAAAAGCAAGCAAAAUAAGUUGUUUAUCCGACAUCAGUUUCAACCAUAUCUUCUUCGUCGGCAAAUUACGGUUACCGCCGAUCACCUUCGAUGAUUCAACCAUGAACUUAAUAGCUUACGAAAUGUGUCCGGAUUUUUACAACAAUUUCACCGUCACUUCAUAUAUGGGUUUCCUUGAUUCAUUGAUCGAUGAAGCCGAAGAUGUUAAGGAACUGAGAGACGCUGGCAUACUAUACAAUAGAUUGGGGAGUGAUGAAGAAGUGGCUAAGGUUAUCAAGAAGAUGAACACUGAUGUGGUUCGUACUCCGACGACUUACAGUGAGGUUAAACAGCAAAUACAUAAUCAUCGUAAGAAUAUGUGGAUCCAAUAUCCAGCUCAAGCUUAUCAUACUUGUUUUAGGACUCGCUGGACGUUUUUCGCAUUUGUGGGUGCCAUUGCUGCACUUUUUGUGUCUUCUUUGCAGACUCAUUAUACCAUACAUCAACCAAAGUAAGUGUUGUUUACUAGUCUUUUUGUAAACUCUUGUUUUUUUA